CCAUACCACGCCAUACGCCCUGAACGCACAAAGUGAGCUGCGGUCGCAACGCUGUGGUGUGUCUUUCUGGUGACAGCUCGUGUUUGGGACGGUUUUCUUCGCGUUAGUUGAGAUAAAAACGUGUGCUCAGCCCCCCCCCCCCCCCCCCCCCCAACCCCAAUCGGAUCCUGUGGACGGUUUUGCGACCGGGCAGGUAUGGUGUGUUAGGUUUACCAUGUCCACCAUCGAGGAGCGUACAGCGUACCUAGACAAUCCGUACUUCAAAGGGCACAUCUACGGGAACUUUAACCCGUUCUACGUGACCAUCGCCGUCUGUACCGUGCUCGGCGUGUUCAUCUUCGUGCUGAACAUCGUGUGCGGCUGCUGCUCAAAGCACAAACAGUACUGGCAGGACAGACAUACGGGCAAUCGUUGGUUAGUGUCGUUUUGGUCGGCCACACCGCACAAGCAGCCGCCGCUCGAUCUGACGGAGCUGAAGGACGCUAGCCACUUCCAGCCGGUCAAUCCCGACGUCGAACGGCCGGUAGAGUACACCGUGCAGCACCAUCGUCCCCAGUACCAGUAUCCGCCCAGCCGUGGUGCUUCCCCGCAGGGCUACCAUCACCAUCACCAGCAGCAGCAUCACCGCGAGGAGUACGUCGAGCUGCAGAAGCGCGAAAGUGACAUCUAAAAAGGCGGCGCCAAAGAGAACCGCUGCUGCGCGAGCUAAACACGAUGGCUUGGUUGGUUGCGUACCCGGCAGUGGCCAUGCUGGCCAUGUUCAUCGUGCUGGUCAUCAUGCUGAUACUCCGGUUCGGUGCACGGUUGUGUCAGCUGCGCCAUCACACCCUGCCGGACGAUCAGGAUUUGCGCGACCAGGCGUACGAUCAGAAGGUCAGCUACGCCUGACCGACCGACCCCGGCAGCUGAAACGCCAUGAAUGACGCCAAAAUAUUGCUGACGGGAGAGGGAGGGAAGAGAUGAUGGUGUGUGGCUUCCCCCUUUUUUUAUUGUAUUUCCAUUUAUUUUUCACAAUUCCACUAAGCAAUGUUUCAUUCUUUUUAUAACGUGAAUCUCGAUUUUCAUACCGAUCGGUGAAGAAGAAACACAAAUGAUGCUUUUGCCCCCUUGCAGUUCGCUAGAGCUAGACUUUAGAGAUGUGUACUACUAACCAUGUGUAGUGUUAGUUACACAUAGAAGAUUAUUCUUUUUUUUUUUAAUUCCCACAAAUGACAGCUAAACGUAAGACUUGUAACUACUCUACUGUGCAACACAUUCCGUCCAGAGAAGGGAAAGCUUCCCAUAGUUUUAAAAAAGCCGUCCGUUACGAGCGCAACAAUGUAUUUUUUGUAGAAUGUUCCAACACAACACGAAGUUUUCCGAAACAAUGCAAUGCAGUUAACACAUACAGAAAAGAAAACAAUGUGCCUUUUAUACACAAAACUUUACUAACAUUCCUUAAACUUCCACUCUCACUCACACAAAACCGAUCGAUUUUUAGAACAUUUGUACAAGAAGAAGCAAUAUGUAGUAAACGAUAAAAUAAAUAAAAACCUUUUUUUUAAUUUCUACAAAACCCAACACAGCGAUUUGUUUUUCUUUCACCAGAGAAAACGCUUUCGCACAAUAAAACACGACCCGUUUUAUUCAGUAAAUAUAAUUUUUCACAUUUUAUUUCUCAACGUUUGUUUGUUUGUUUUUUUGUUUUGCGCAUUUUUUUGUAUACGCAUUUUCUCCCUACCCUCCUGCUACAAUUUUCUCUCCUCCUCCUACUCCUGCUCUUCUUUUAUGUCAAAUAUAGUUUAACCUUGUCUGAGUUUCAUCAUCUUUUCACCCUUUUUCAUUUUCAGUGGAUGUUUGUCUCUAUCUCUCUUUGUUUUUUGUAUUUGUAUUCUGCUUUGUUUCUCUCUUCUUCAUUAUCUUAGUGCAUUAUUUGUAGUGUAUUGAUGUAUCAUUUUCCUUUUCUUUUUUCUUUUGUUUAACUUUUCCAUUUUCCUUUUGCUUGCACACCGAUGCUCCGAUGCCUUUCUUUUGUGUGUUCCUUUUCGGUUUCCUGUGUUUUGGUUGGUUCGGUUUGUUUGUUUUUGUUGAUGUUUAUUAUUUUUUUCCUAACAAAUUUUGUAUUUUUCUUCUUCUUCCUCUCCUUUUGUCCAUGGCUAAUUGAAAAACCGAAAAAUAAAGCAAGGACGCCCGUGUCUUUCGAUUGUACCAUGUGUUGAUUAUAGUUUUGUAAGUUCUAAUUUUUCCUUCGCGUUACAGGCGCAGUUGUUUUGGUUGCUCAGUGGUGGUGGGUGGGAGUAGUGUUAGUAGAAAAUUGCCAGAACAACAAAAAAAAAACGCACCAACCAACUCCCGCACAAUGGAAACGCGUACGUAAUGUGUGUAUGUGUUUCUGUACGUUAUCAAAAACUGUGUGUCCAUUCAGUCCGGGAUAACCAAAAGUAAAAUGAGAUCAGAUCGCGGGUUCUUGCAUUAUCACAACGGAGGGAUGAUGAUAUUUACGAUCGUUUCGUGCUUAUGUAUGUGUGUGUGUUCGAGAGACAGAAAACAUAGAAAA